AUGGGGUGGUGUGACCGUGGCGUCCAGAUGCUGCUGACCACGGUGGGCGCCUUCGCCGCCUUCAGCCUCAUGGCCAUCGCCAUCGGCACCGACUACUGGCUCUACUCCAGCGCGCACAUCUGCAACGGCACCAACAGCACGGCGGACGAAGCGCAGGGACCGCCGAGGAAGGCGAGGGGCGACCUCACGCACUCGGGGCUCUGGAGGAUUUGCUGCCUCGAAGGAAUCUACAAAGGACAUUGCUUCCGAAUCAACCACUUCCCUGAAGACAAUGACUAUGACCAUGACAGCUCAGAGUACCUUCUCCGCAUCGUCCGUGCCUCCAGUGUGUUCCCCAUCCUGAGCACAAUAUUGCUGCUGCUGGGAGGGCUCUGUGUCGGAGCAGGGAGGAUUUACAACAGCAAAAACAACAUUAUCCUCAGCGCUGGGAUUCUCUUUGUUGCAGCAGGACUAAGUAACAUCAUAGGGAUCAUUGUCUACAUAUCAAGCAAUGCAGGUGACCCAAGUGACAAGCGAGAUGAGGACAAAAAGAACCAUUACAACUAUGGUUGGUCUUUUUAUUUUGGAGCCUUGUCUUUUAUCGUGGCUGAAACCAUAGGUGUUCUGGCUGUGAACAUUUAUAUUGAGAAGAACAAAGAGCUGAGGUUUAAGACCAAGAGGGAAUUCCUUAAGACUUCUUCCAGUUCUCCUUACGCCAGGAUGCCAAGUUACAGGUACAGGAGGCGGAGGUCCAGAUCCAGUUCUCGAUCUACAGAGCCUUCUCCAUCUAGGGACAUUUCUCCGGUUGGCAUGAAGAUAGCAAGCACCAUUCCCAUGAAUGAAAUUUCCAUGUACACUCUUUCCAGAGAGCCCUUGAAGGUUACCACGGCUGCCAGCUACAAUGCAGACCAAGAAGCCAGUUUUCUGCAGGUUCACAACUUCCUUCAGAAGGAAUUUAAGGAAGGACUCCACGUCAAUAUGGUCAACAGGAGAACGACACCUGUUUGAAGUACCUUCACUCCUUGUGCUUUCUGAAGAAUUAUCAAAACAGAAUAGAUCUGUCAU